AUCCACACGGAGAAAUUAAUCCUCGCCACCGGCCUCACCUCCCAGCCCUACCUCCCCCCCAUCCCCGGCGACACCACCUACCCCCACCCGAUCAUCCACCCCCGCGACCUCCUCACCCACCAACCCACCCUCUUCACCCCCACCAAACAACUCACCAUCUACGGCGGGACCAAAUCCGCCUGGGACGCCGUCCACAGCGCCACCACCUCCGGCGCCCGCGUCACCUGGAUCAUCCGGUCCUCCGGCCACGGACCCUGCUGGAUGACACCUCCCUACGUGACGCCUCUCAAGAAACAGCUCGAGAAAUUGGUUACCACGCGUCUCCUCACCUGGUUCAGUCCGUGUCUCUGGGGCGACGCAGACGGGUACGGCUUCGUCCGGUCAUUCCUGCACGGUACCGGGCUGGGUCGGAAAAUCGUGGAUAUCUUCUGGGCGAUUCUCGAACAGGACCUCACUCAACUGAAUAACUACGACGCUCAUCCGGAGACCCAAAAGCUCAAACCAUGGAUGAGUCCAUUUUGGGCGGCGAGUGGGCUCAGCAUCCUGAACUACCCCACCGAUUUCUUCGCCCUCGUCCGGGAAGGCAAAGUCCGGGUAAUCAUCGACGACAUUACCUCCCUGGAUGCCACCGGAGGGAUCCACCUCAAAACCACCAACGAAGUCAUCCAAAGUGACGGGUUAAUCUGCGCAACAGGCUGGCAAGUCACCCCCAACAUGCUCUUCACGCCCCUGGGAAUCGACAAAGAACUCGGCUUUCCCUGGGCGGAGGAUUCCAUUCCGUCGACCAUGGUGGAGAAGGCAGAUGAAGUGAUCCGGGAGAGGUUUCCCAAGUUACGGGACUCCCCCCAGUUGCACGCGGGGUAUACCCCCCUCGGGGAGGAUGCACCCGCGACAGCCCGCCAUCCGUUCCGGUUAGCGAGAUUCAUGGUCCCGCCUGCGUUUGCGAAGGAGCGGUCGAUUGUGGUGCUGGGCGCAGUGAUGACGAUUAACACGCCGCUCGUGGCCCAGGUGCAGGCGUUGUGGGGGGCUGCGUUUCUGGGGGGGAAGAAGAAGGGGGUAGAUGGGGAUGAGGGUAUGGAUGUGGAUUUGGUCUGGGAAACCGCCCUGCAUAGUCAGUUCGGGGUGCAUCGGUACCCCGGGGGAUUUGGGAAACGGAAUCCGGAUUUCGUGUUUGAUGCGUUGGCGUAUGUGGAUUUGUUGUUACAGGAUUUGGGGAUUGAGAAGGGGCGGAAGAGGGGGUGGUGGACGUGGUUGAGGCCGUAUGGGAUGGAGGAUUAUCGGGGGUUGGUGGAGGAGUGGAUGCGUUAG